GUCUUUCUCGAUGUCUGUCUGUCUAUGUGUACCCACUUGUGUGUGGGCUCCCUUCGGCUCCCCUCGAGAUAUCAGGCCGGGACGGAGCGGGUGGAAGAGAAGGGCUGGCUGGGAGCCGGCUGGGCAGCAGGGGGUUCGCCCCUUUCCGCAACGCUCCCCCAACUCCCCCAACUCCGGGCUCCUUCUCCCCAGGACACCUCUCAGGGACUGCUCGAUGCUGUCUGCACAGGCUCAGCCCUCUUCCUACUGCCACUGGCAGAGGUGGCGAAACCCAGGGGUUGAGUAGCUGCCAGGCCUGUCGAUCAGAGGCAGGGUGGGCCAGGGGGCGUGCCAGGAGAGGGGCUUUGGCUGGGUUGGGCCGGACUGGGCUAGGCUCAGCUGGGGUCUGGGCGGGGCCGGGCUGGGGAUGCGCUGUGCUGCGCUGGGCACUGCGCCGCCGCCGGGCUGAGGAUGCUAGCGCUGCCGCGGGACGCUCGCCGCCGUCUGGGGAACAGAGCAGUCCGAGCCCGAGCCCGAGCGCAGUGAACGUCGUGCCCCGGGAACCCUAGACCCCAGGACCUCGGUCUCACGAUGUCCCGGAAAAAGACCCCUAAGAGUAAAGCGGGAAGUACGCCUGCCUCUUCUCUGCCCAGAGCUAAGGAAAACGGGCCGGUGGGCUCCGGAGGGGGCGGCUCUAGCCCGGGCCCUGGCCCUGCCCCCGAGGCACCGAGGAAUGGGCUCCUGCUGCCAGGCCGCCCGUCCCUUAGCAGCAGCGGUGAUUUCUACGACGUUGCCUUCAAGGUGAUGCUGGUAGGAGACUCGGGUGUGGGGAAGACCUGUCUGCUGGUUCGAUUCAAGGAUGGAGCCUUCCUGGCUGGGACCUUCAUUUCCACUGUGGGCAUAGAUUUCAGGAAUAAAGUCUUGAAUGUGGAUGGGGUGAAAGUAAAGCUCCAGAUCUGGGACACUGCUGGGCAGGAGCGGUUCAGAAGUGUGACCCACGCCUAUUACCGGGAUGCCCAUGCUCUCCUGCUGCUUUAUGAUGUCACUAACAGAGCAUCCUUUGACAACAUCCAAGCCUGGCUGACUGAGAUCCAUGAAUAUGCACAGAAAGAUGUGGUGCUUAUGCUAUUGGGAAACAAGGUGGACUCUACUCAGGAGCGAGUGGUAAAAAGGGAAGAUGGGGAGAAGCUGGCCAAGGAGUAUGGGGUGCCCUUCAUGGAAACAAGCGCCAAGACAGGCCUGAAUGUGGAUUUGGCCUUUAAGGCCAUUGCAAAGGAACUGAAGCACAGGUCCAUGAAGCUGCCCAGUGAACCCAAAUUCAAAUUGCAUGACUAUGUGAAGAGAGAAGUUCGAGGCUCAGGCUGUUGCCGCCCCUGACCUGGAGCUCCUCAAGCCUUUGAACCCUGCCCAGGGACAGGUGACUGUGCUCCAAUGCCCAUGAGCCACCUUUCUUGUGGACAGUCUAUGCAUGUCUGUUGUGUGUCACUCUUUGUAAAGGUGAAAGAAGGGAGGUGCAGGUAAAAGGACAGGAAACUGGGUGGGAGAAACAAUUCUCCUAGAGGGAAGAGAACAGUGAAGGGAGAUUACUUUGAACCAGCAAGGUUCCAGACCUGGCUGGAAACAUGGCACUGGGUCUAGUUCCAGACUCAGUUCCUAGAACUAAGGUUCAGUAACUUCUCUUUUUGGCUGGUCAGGAAACUCAUUCCCUGGCUCUGUAAGGUAAUGCCGACAAAGGUACCGAAUCUCAUCAGUUUUGGAUGCUCAGCGUGGUAUGUUCCCUUCACAAAAGCAUCUCUUGACCAAAUGAGUUUUGCCAAAGCUGUUUACCGACAGAAGAUAAAAGGGUCAGGCCCUAAAAAGGACAUGCCUUUGUCCUUGUCCAGCUGCUCACUGUAGGUUACUGGCUUUUCCAGGAAGAAAACACAUUGUAAUUUCAACCAAUUGGUUUUCCCACAUGUUAACUUACUGGCUUUCAAUGAACUUGUUUCACCUACCACAUGCAGAAAACCAACUUAACAAAUCAUUUUCAGGACUGUGGCACCAACUCCCUGAAUCUUUGCUGCUGGUCCUCCUAAUACCUUCCUACAUAUAGUUUCUAUCCUGUUUUUCAUUUGUUUUCUCAAGGUUUCUUUUGAAAUCCCUCCUUAUAAAGCUAUCAGAGUAUAAAGGUUGUGGUUUCCCAAAAUUUCUAUUGGAAUGGACAAUCACAGAAGAGCCUCAAGAUUUGUUUUAAUUAUAAUGCCAGCAAACAGUUACAGAUGAUUUUCAGCCUCAAUCUACUGUUCAACCAUUCCACAAAGGCAGGGCUUAUAUUUCCCCACUAACAAGGUACCCAGGAUUAAAAUUCAAGUGGAACCUCCAAGAGGGAAAGUUAGGACUUCCGUGUUUUGAUGGUGAAAACCAAUCAAAAGGACCAGAGAAACUACUUCUUAGGAUUGUUUUUUAAGCUGCCCAGGGAGAAGAAAGGUAAUAGUUCUUCCUUCUCAUAAAGGCAAACAGGGCUAAAUUCUGUCCCAAGUAUUAUUGGGAACACUAGCAUUUCAAUGUUACUUCUCUCCUCUCAGUCCUUUGGGCAGGUCUGUUUGGAACCCUACUCUGCUGACCAAAUGGGACUCUAGUUUUGUGUUUACCAGACCUGUUGGUCUCCUGGACCUGCAUCCUUUAGAUCAUUAGAUCAUGAGCUCUUUGAGGGCAGGGACCACCUUUUGCCUUUUUUGCAUUCCCAGUGCUUAAGAGUGCCUGACACAUAGUAGGCAUUUAAUUAUUGACAAAAACCUGAGCUGCCCUAGAUCCUGACAAGCUGGAACAGAAGAUGUAGUUCCAGUCUGAGUGUGUCAGCCUCCACUCUUGUUAUCCAAGAGCAUAAAUGUACACAAGGUUUGCAUUUAUCUUCUUUAUUCCUUCAAGUGAUAAAAUUUUUAAAAUAAUUAUUAGGAAUUGAGAAACAGCAUCUUUUUUUUGGUGAUAUUCUCAAAUAGAAUAAGGUCAUGGAUACUGACCUUAAACUAACCCUUAUAAAUGUAUAGCUUUUUCCAGUUUCUAAAUAUAUUUCUGUCAUCUCAGUCAAGCCUCUCAACAAUUCUCAAAUAGGCAAUUUUAUGGGCGAUAAAUCAGAUUCAUAUUACCCCAAAUGGACACCCAGCUGGCCCUUUACCAAAUCUCCCAAUUCCUUCCCAUGGUGAAGCCUGUUAAAAUAGGCUCAGCCACAAGAUUAUUUUCCUCCUUAAUGGAAAUAGAACUAUAAUCUCCUUCACAAGAGUACACUCUAGUUGAGACAAGCUGAAAAACAAAACCCCUUUUUACUGACUUAAACCAUGUCACUUCAAACCACUGGUGGGGCUUAAAUGAUUGUGGGGGUAUGCUAUCAAAACAAGUCUAGGGAGGGGCCUUAUUCACCAGCAAACUCCAUUAUGUGGAGACCACAUAGAAUAUUUUACAGGUAACUAUCUAAUUCUCUUAUUUGGAAUACUGGUUGAAAGUAUGGGCUUUGAUCAAGUUUCAGGGACUCACCAAAACAAAUCCUGAACAUUAAGGGUAACAAGGUCCUGAAAUUAUUUCUAUUUAAUUACGUCAUCUUGAUGGUAAGUGUAAUGACUGAAUUUUACACAGGAGCUUAAAUAGUAUAAGACACAGCAUCCAUAUCAGGAAAGUAGCCUGAAAAGUGAGAAACAAAGCUUUUGCCUUGUAUUUAAAAAAGGUUCAUUAGUAUCAACAGCCAUAAAUUCAGUGGUCAUGCUGUAUUCUGUCUGAUAGCUCUUAUAUCAUGAAGUGCUGCUGAGACAAAGACGAAGUUGCCCUGACCUUGUACAAACUUCUUUCUCUUUGACCCUUCUGUUCAUGGCUGUUAUGUUCCACAAUACUGUCAAUAAAAGUUUCUUGGUUUUUUAAAA